AUGGGUUGGAAAGCGGCUGAGAAACUCAUUAGGCACUGGAAGGUUCUCAGAGGAGAUAAUGUGAUGAUAAUAAGGGGCAAAGACAAGGGCGAGACGGGUAUCAUCAAGCGAGUGAUUCGUUCCCAGAAUCGUGUCAUUGUGGAAGGCAAAAAUCUGGUAAAGAAACAUAUCAAGCAAGGCCAAGGUCAUGAAGGUGGAAUUUUUACUGUUGAAGCCCCUCUUCAUGCCUCAAAUGUGCAAGUUGUUGAUCCAGUUACAGGGAAGCCUGUUAAGGUCGGGGUUAAAUAUCUUGAGGAUGGAACAAAAGUUCGAGUAUCUAGAGGACUAGGUGCAUCUGGAUCUAUAAUCCCUCGUCCUGAGAUCUUGAAGAUAAGGACUACUCCAAGACCUACUGUUGCGGGUCCCAAGGAUACGCCUAUGGAUGUCGUGUUGGAGAAGACUUACAAUGCUAAAACAGGGAAGGGCAUGCCUGAACUUUGA